AAUUGAUUCUUAACAGGGUAAAAUGAUUCUAAUCACUAUUUGCAAUAGGUAUUUUUUUUACAAAGUUCUCUUGGCAUGAAUGAAGGAAUAGCGAAUUUAGAUAUCUUUUUUCAAUAUUCUUGGUCCUAAGAAAAAGUAUCCAUCAACGGUGGCAUUUAUCAACUUGGUUUGCGACAUGUUUAUUUUUUAUCAAUAGGUACACAAACUGAAACGUUCAUUACAGUCAACAGAUGAUUCAAUCGCACUGUCUAUAUAGGUACCUAGGAAUCACAGAACAUGUCUAAAAGUAUAUCAAGGUCAAAUAAGAGGAAAGAGUAUUUAUUUUUGCUCAGUUUAAACGGCAAUACAGCUCUAGUGGUGUGUGUUAUCAGAACAAAACACUAAUGUUUUCUAUAAAUUCAAAAUCAUCAGGAUAAUUUAAUAAUAAUUGAAGAUGGCUGAAUAUACACCAGUAAAGUUGUUGGGAGACACUCUAGGCCAACGGCACCGACACCUCAACUCGUUGGUGCGCGCGGCUGGAGAGAGUGGAACCACGGUCCAAGAUGUGGAAGCAGAACCCGAGCAGUCUGCAGUCGACCGACUAUUCAAGAUAGACCUGGCCGUGUCACUCAGAGACGCAGACUACAUCCUACGGAACCUGAAACACGAUGACAUGCUAUUUGUGAGCAGAGCUCUAAAGGCCCGGUGGCUGCUAGACCGCCAUGACAUCAUUAACCCAAAAUAUUUGGAAAACACUCUCUUCCCUGAAAUGAUUUUCCCAGCAGUCUCCAAGAUGAAGCACUGGCUGUACAUCAACCUGCGAGAUCCCGCCAAGUGCCAGGAGUUCUAUGAGUACUACAAACAGAACUCGUUUGAGUUCGCCAUAAAGUUCCUCAGCCACUGCAGUAAUCAUUUCAUACUGGAAGAGGUGCCUAAGAUAUUGACCAAACUGUCGCCUCACUAUUUAAAAGUUUUAUGUGAGAAAUGCCCCACAGUCGCCAAAAUAUAUUAUGAUUCGUUAGCGACACAAGACGACGUAAAGAAUCGCUAUCUCAAACAAGAACAGUCAUACUACAACAGUAUCAAAUGCGUAUUGAAAUCGGAUGCUGAUGUGUUUCUCGACGUCACGGAGAACUAUUUCAAUCUUGAUAAGUUUAGCAGAUUCAGUCCACUGGCGACUGAUUAUAUUAUGCGGUACCACAGGUCUAGAGUCAUAAGUAAGCUGGGGCUGUACGUGGCCCACGUAUUGCACAUCCCGACAUUGGCUGCAAAACUCAGUGUAGACGAGUGCCAGGAUGUUGUGUUGCAGCUAGCACGAGCUAGCUAUUUGCAGUAUUGGUUCCAGUACAAAGCAGUAGAACCGUUAAUCAAGCGUCUACAUCCUCAAAAGAGAGCGGCAUUCAAGAAAAGAAUAUUUGUUUUAAAGGAUAUUGGAGAAUGCAUACAGGAAUGGCCGUACCCAACACCAAAGUCACCUCCGCAAUCAGAUACUUCAUCUCACAUAUUUGAUGACAUAAAUUAUACACCUUUCACACCUACUCAGUUUCAAUUUAAACGUAUGAUAAAAAAGAGAAAGUGUGGACGAUAUAUGGCAUGUGACAUUAUCACUGUCGAAAAUAACAUGAAAACAGACUUACAGCGAUUGUUUGAAGAGUUUCGUUUCAUUGGUUUCGACAGGGCUCUGCACGAUUUAGGACAACGGUUAAGAUCUACUGGUUCUGCUGAUAGGCGACGUGAUAUCUUCCUUGUUUUAAUAAGCAAAACCGGUGGACGCAAUGACGCGGUAUCAGCUCUAUUACAACUAGCUGCGCGGCACAGCAACGAACCGGUUCAUAUUCGUGCUGCCGUUGUGCGCAGUCUUGUAAAACGAGCUGCUGUGUGGCGCCUACCUGCAGAUGUUUGGCAAAACUUGUUAAAUUUCGGACGCGGGCUAGGGCUCGACGGAACUCCCUCUGAAGCAGCAUGUUACGAGGGUCUGCAUGCAGUUAUAAUUCGUCAGUUAUUAGCAGGCGAGUGCGAACCAAAGAUCAUAAAUGCUUUUCUUAACAAUUUUUCCUCAUUAAAAGAGUAUUCUUUAAAAGUGGACGAAAGACUGCGUAUUGCAGUGGGUCUCCAAAACUUGUUGGUAGCGGCUGCAGCAGGCAUGGAGCCAGCUAGAGCGGUGGAUCGUCUCAAUCAGCUGCUUGAUGUUAUAGAAGUUUAUGGCAUUCAAAUUCAGACUGUAUAUCCUGUUAUUGAAAUAAUUAAAAGCUUAGCAUUAAGUGACGAAAAUGUUGUACGUCCAUUGAUAGAGCGUCUGUAUAAAGCAAAAAUUGGACGACAAGAACUGCUUCGCGAAAAUUUAAAGUUACGUUGCGAUGAGGCGGCCUUAUUGAACGCGCUUCGUCAUGACCUUUCAGCCCUUGAAACUGAGCAAAUUGUAAAUAUAAUAGCCAGAGGAGGAAAAAAAUUCGACAGAUUCAUUUCGAAACUAGUAAUAUAUUUUACACAAAAUGAACAACUUCCAGUAUACUUCAGAACCACAUUACGAGAGAUGAUCGCCUCAGAGGACAACGAGAAAGGUAAUAUAAUAAAACAAGUGCGAUCCCUGGUUUGUCUAUCGUACCAAGAUUUCGAAAAAAAUUUUUCUGAGGUGGAUGCAAUUGAGAAAAAGAAUGACACUUUACGAGCAGCGCUAAGGGCUUGCGCACAUCGCGCCCGGCCUGUCGUCAAUUUAGCAAAAUGGGGGUGGAGUAGAGCUGGCGCGAAGGCAGUGGCAACGCGAGCGAUGCGCUGUCGUGAAAUAGAAAAAGCUGAGUUUAUCCACACAUUAGCAACAGAUCGGCGCACAGUUCGGGUGGCCCUAGCACUCAAUUUGCGCUCUGAAGGAGAACCAGUGCUAGACACCUUCACAUCAGCAGCGAAAUUGCGGCCUGUUGCAGCACUGCGCGUAGCGUUGCGUUAUUUCCGACAUUAUGACACCAAAGUUGAUGUCGGUGUAUGGAAAAUAAUAAAACCUCUUCUUUCCAAUGUCGACCUAUCAUCCAAAGAAAGACUUCGAAAUUCAUUAAAAAAAAUCCAAUGGAUUCCAUCUGCAAUCAAACCUGAUUAUUGUUCAACUUUAUAUUUUGUAUUGGAAAAAAUUUUAGACGGAGGUUCUGAAGUCCUCUUACGUGAAAUAUGUAUACUUCUUCCUGAAGUAGAAGUUGAUACAAUUGAAACUAUUUUAACUUGGUUGUUUGAGAAGAUAGGAGAAGAUGUAGUACCGCUUCCAUAUCCUGCAAUGAUGGUGAGGUACCUUAUGUUGUCUACAAAUGACGAAGAUUUAGAGAGGAGAUUUACUAAAAUUGGGGAUCGGUUUUUGGAAUGCUUAAGUAGUCUGCGUUGUGACAAGGCCUCAGUCUUCAAAAAAAGACUGCAUCAAACUAUUAAUAGUUUAAAAUAUAAUGCAGCGUUUCUGGACAAUAAAUAUUCAUUGUGUUUGUCAGUUAUUGAGAAGAUAUUAACCUGGCUUCAGACUUUGCUGCCAAAAGAAGAAAAUUUUCCGAAAUAUGUGCAGAUACAUCUGACUAUGUUAUACUUCAGAGCAGUUAGGCAGAGCAUGAAACAGAUGCCAGAAGUGUUCGCUGACCCGAAGAGGAAGAGGACGGAAGGCGUGGAGGCUGUGGGCUUUGUGUUCGGGAGGUACAUAGCGAAGGAGGUUGCUGAACUGGUCACUACGUACUUCGACUCUAUAAUAGAACUUUACACAGGGGCUCUUGUGGAUUACUUAGGAGAUUUUGCUGAUGGCAGUUCCAGAGGCAAGUUCAUAGAGUCACUAUUGAAAGGAAUGUUGGCAGGUGCAGAAGGUACUGAGCGGCGUAUGGCAGUGUAUGUGUUGAAAGACCGCUCUUAUGACGUGAAAAAUGAAGCUAGAAAAGAGUUAGAACGUCUAUUGAUUCAGGAUAAAUUCACUGAGGUUUUUGUGCAUGCAGAAUUGCUUAAUUAAUAAAACAUUAAAGUCGAUUAAUUGGCAGAGUAUACUCAGGAAUUAGCAUUUGUUUUACAAAAUUUUAAGUUUAACAAGAUAAUGUUGUUUCUUUUGUUG